AAAUUCGCGCGCAUGCGCGUUCAAGUGUAGCGUCAGUGCAGUAUCAAACUUAUCAAAGUAGGACGCACCGGCACUCCGAUUUCAAAGCAGAGGCUGCGACGAGCGUCUCACCGUUCGCCCGUAAUAAACAGCUGAUAGAAUUCAGCUCGAGAUGCAGACCGUCGACGGGAGGGAAAACGAGGCUGCGGAGCUCGGCUCGAGCGACAGCAACGUGGUCGAGACCUUGCGAACGGAAUUGAGGGAGGCUGCCUCGACGAAGAGGAAGGAGAGUCGUGUGUCCGCCUGGAAUAGGAGUCGCACCAACCUGGGAGAAUGUCCAGGGGUCGAGCUGUUUUCCGCCGAGCACGUCGACGAGAAAGUGAGGCUUCUCAAGAGAAAGAGGAUACCCCUCGUUGAUUACAGAUACCUGCCCAAUGCUCUUAUUCAGUCGGAGGAGAACAUAAAUGCCUUUUUAAAAGUGGACCAAAGCUUAUCCGGCCUGGUACGCGAUCUGUCCGGCGGAGACCCGACUCUUCAAUUGUACGCAGCCAAUUGCUGCUGCAACAUUGCCCUGGGAAACACGAAGGCCUGCAUGGCACUGGGAAAAGCAGUUAUUCCGUAUCUGGUUAUCAAGCUGGAAAGCUUAAAUUACGCUUUGCUGGAUGUUUGCAUUUGGACAAUCGGUAAUUUAGUUGCGGGAAGCGAUAAGGCUUUCUCCAUUUUGCACGCGCAACAUUGCCUGAAAUAUAUAAUCCUACUGUUGCACAAUUGCGACGACUCGGUUCUUCCUUCCGUAAUAUAUGCGCUCUUGCAUUACGUACACGCGGGAUUUCAUAAGAUAUCAGAAAGCGAAAUGCUGGAGCUCGUUCAAGUUGUCGUAAAACGGAAUCUUUUGUACGAAAAUCCCAAUUACAUUUGGCUGUUAGCUUUGUUGUCGUCUUCGCCGAUAUGCGCCGAACAUUUGAGCGCAAUUCUGCCAGAAGUCGUUGAUUAUCUUUACUUAACGUUUUCCAAUUCAGAUGGAAUGACUCGAGCCAGCGAGAUUACAGCAUCCGUACGUAUACUGGCCAACACACUACAUACUUGUUGCGAAGAUAAAGUGAAGAUUCUUUUAAAGAAUCCGAAAUACUCAAACGAGGAGCUGCAUCUUUUAUUGAAUAAACUGUUAUCGCAUCCUCAUAUGCACAUCAGAAGAGAAACUCUGUGGCUGAUAGGGAAUUUGUAUAAUCAUAAAUCACCUAAUAUUGGUCAAAAUAUAAGAGAUCUUAUGCCCUCUUUAUCGGCACUGAAGCAGGCUUUUUCCUCAGUUGAACAUUCUGUAUGAAUACAAAUGCGCGUUGAAACGACAUCUUUAAAGAAAGCGUUGGACGGAGCAUAUAUACACAUAGUUUCUGAAUACAACACACUUUACUUAUACAGGGUGUCUGAUAAAAAAGUAGUCAGAUUGAAAAGAGUGGUAGAUUGGAUUAAAUUAAGAAGAAAAGUCAUGUGUCGCGUUGCAAAAUUCGCAAUAGUUAUCGAGUCUUUAAUUUAUCCGUCUAAGCAAAUGAGCACGUAGAACACGGUAGGCCGAACUUAUGUCUCGGGUCGCUCGCCGCCGCGUUCACUAUUUUUUCCCACCACGGUGUAUCUCGCUCCACCUCCCGCUCGUCGAUCGAUUUUCUUACAUGCCUU